GGACAGUUACAACUACUGUGUUUGAACUCCUGUGUAACACAAACUGCAGGAUUUCACUUUACAAUUCCAGCAGCAAGCCCAUUGUCUCCAUGUUGAAAGGUAUUAAAAAGAAACCUAUUUUUUCUGGAAAGGCUGAUCAUCCUGCUAUUUGAAAAUUAGCCCUGUUGAGGCAUCUCAGUCUGGUUACACAAAAUCACUAGGAGGUUUGGGAGGGGAGAAGUUACUACUGUGUCCCUAUAUGUUGGGUAUGAUGUACCAGUGAAGGGUGUCACCUGCAUUGUCCUGGAGAACAAGUCACAUUCUUGAGUCGUGCUACCUGGGCUCACCCCCAGCAUUCAGAAAGGCAUGGGAGAAACAUAUUUUAAAUGGCAGUCCCAUCCCAAAAGUUAUCAUAAUCUAUGAUGACGUUACAUGUCUGCUGGUAAAGUCAAACACUGAUCUUUGCUUUCUGAUACAAUUGAGACUCGACCCAAGAUCUACUGUAGGUGGUGGCAGGCCAGUUGUCAUGCCUCUUGCCUUCAGGGUUACAGAGAAUGAAGUUGCUGAUUACUUGUGUCAUUAACAGAACUAUUCUUUCCUUUGUGCAUCUAUCCCUAGCACUUUUCCAGCUGUUUGUCCUUGUGCUAGCUCUAAGUGUGGGAGGCUUUUCUAGCUAUCCUGAACACUGCCUUCAUGAUCCUGAUUAUGAUCAUCUGGUGAAGAUCGCCAAACACGGACUGGGAAAGGCAGCCCAUCCAAAGAAGAUUGUCAUUGUGGGGGCAGGAAUAAGUGGACUCACUGCUGCCAAACUUCUCAGGGAUGCGGGUCAUAAGGUCACAGUCCUGGAAACCAGUGGUAGCGUAGGAGGACGGGUCAAGACCUAUCGCGAUGAGACACAAGAUUGGUACGUGGAGCUGGGAGCCAUGCGUUUACCAAGAGGACACAGGAUUGUGCGUGAAUUUAUUAGACAAUUUCACCUGAAGCUAAAAGAGUUCUCUCAGAUGAAUGACAAUGCCUGGUAUUUGGUUAAUGGCAUCAGGGCAAGAGUAAGAGAAGUCAAGCAAAAUCCCGACAUGCUGAAUUAUACUCUGUAUCCUAAAGAGAGGGGCAAAUCUCCUAGUGAACUUUAUAGGGAAACUCUGCAGACGGCCAUGUCGGAGUUCCGGCGUUCAGACUGCAAGAAAUAUUUGGAUAAAUACGACUCUUUUUCUACCAAGGAGUAUUUGAUUAAAGAAGGAAACUUAAGCAAUGGGGCUGUGCAGAUGAUUGGUGACUUGCUGAAUGAGGAUUCUGGAUACUACAUGUCAUUUCUCAGCUCUCUCAUGGAUUUUGAUGUCUUCUCUCAUGAAGAGAGCUUUGAUGAGAUCACAGGGGGCUUCGACCAGUUGCCCACUGCCUUCUAUUACUCUAUGCCUGGCAUUGUCCAGCUUAACUCCACGGUUGAGAAGAUAAUAACAAAGGGUAAUAAGGUUAGAGUUGUUUACCGUGCACCAGACACACUGACUCCUUAUGUCCUGAUGGUUGACUAUGUCCUUAUUACCACCUCAGCCAAAGCCACGAGACUCAUCAAAUUUAUGCCACUGCUUUCCCCCCAAAAGGCACAUGCCUUGCGCUCUGUUCACUACUCCAGCUCCACCAAGAUUGCCUUGGCCUGCACUGAAAGGUUCUGGGAAAGAGACGGGAUUCAUGGUGGGCAGUCAAUCACGGAUCGUCCCUCCAGGUUCAUCUACUACCCCAACCACAACUUCUCCAGUGGUGUGGGUGUGAUCCUGGCUUCCUAUACUUGGAACGAUGAUGCUGACUUCUUUGUUCCUCUCAGUGAUGAGAAGUGCAUUGAUGUAGUGCUAGACGACCUUGCAGAAGUACACGACAUAUCCAAGGACUACAUCCAGUAUGUCUGUGAUAAGCACGUGAUACAAAGGUGGAACUUGGACAAACAUUCCAUGGGGGCAUUCGCCUUCUUCACCCCGUACCAGUUUAUGGACUAUUCCAAGGCCCUGUUUCAGAAUGAAGGAAGGGUCCAUUUUGCAGGAGAACACACAGCUUGGCCUCAUGCCUGGAUUGAUUCUUCUAUGAAAUCUGCUGUGAGAGCAGCAAGAAACAUUCACCGGGAUAGCAACCUACCUCCAGAGCAACAGCUGCAGCAGGAAGAGGAGCCGGAGACUGUUAGCUUGGGUUUCAGAGAUGAACUUUAAUGUCUCCAGGAGUAUUUGGGGAAGAAACAAAAGGGCUGGAUACUAAACGAAGAAAUAGCGACUAUGCUGCUACACACCUUCACCUGGCACAAGUCCUCAGCUGGAGGAUAUCAGAGUGUUUCCUUCAAGUCAGUGAUGCCACAUUGACACAUACCAGCUUAGAAUUUGGCCCCAGGUGUAUUUCAGAUAGGAUUAAUUUUUUCUUUCUCCCUUCAAAUAUUAGACAGAUAGAACUAGAGUAGAGAAAAUUCCAUAGGAAUAAUUUUAGUAAUCAAAGGUUUCUUUCAUCAAAAUGAUCAUUGCUCAAAUGCACUGCACUUGCCUUUUUAAUGCACAUGCCUAGACAGGUAUAACUCAAUUGCACACUUCAUAUAUCACCUUAUAUUGCUAUAUAUAUAAUGUUAUUUUUAUAUGUAUAGUUUAGCAUCAGUGAUAAAAUAUGUGAAAAUAA